AUGACAGAAAAUGUAAAUGAAAAAACUGCUGCUGCGAAAGACAAGGGAAUUAUCCGGAAAUUUUUGGAAAAUAAAUAUGAUCAAUUAUUGAAUUCUAUAUUAGAUGUCACUGAAGAUCAAAUUGUUUUAAAAUCUAAACUAGCUCAUUCUGACGUAGCAGAAAAUCAAAUAGAUAGAAAACAGAAGAGAAAAUUAAACCACAUAGAUAAUUUGUUGCUAGAUAGGGAAAUUGAAGGGUUAAAUUAUUUCACAGAACAACAAACUGUAGUAUCCAACCCCACAAUUAAUAACAAAGAACUUAUUUAUCAUGCAAUAUCCACUUUUAUAAAUGCAUCUAUUGAUAAGAUAAGAUUAGAUAGAAUGACAAAAUCAUUUUCAUUGCCAGCAACACAAGAGAAAAAUGACACUUCUAUAGACACUAUCUUGGAGAAUGAUACUUUCCUUGAUAUAUUUAUGGAGAGAUUAUUAUCUAGAAUUAUAAGAGAUAAGUUACCCGAAAGAGAACAUAUAACUGAGAAAGAAACUUCACAUAAAGAAAAACAUGCUCAAUUGGUAUCCCCAUCUAUUUUAGCAUCAAACUUGGGGAAAAUGUCCAAACAAUUAAAUAGUAUUUUUGAAUUUCAAGAUUCAUUUAUUAGAUUAUUAACUUGGAAAACUCCUUCCUAUACUAUCUUAACUUUACUUAUAAUUUCAUUAAUCCUUUUCCAUCCAUUAUACUUAAUUCUAUUACCCAUACUAUAUAUUGCAUAUGGACUUAUUACACCAAGUUACACUCAAAAACAUAAUUUGAGAAACUUCGAUUACCAUUUAAAGAAACAAUAUGGUAAAUCUUUAUUAGAGGUAAUUUCAUCUGGUGGCAAGCCAGUAGCAUGUACAUCAAAUCCAUUUAAAGAUCAGAUAAAUGAUCCUAUUGAAGAUCUUAAUCUAGUAGAUUGGGAAGAUUCCAACUCUGGAUUAAAAUUUAUUACUACUAUUCGAGAUUUUCAAAAUAUGACAACAAAUCUAUUAGCAUUGACAAAUUCAAUAUCUAAAUUUAUAUAUGAAACUGCAUCAUUUAAGGACGAAAGGAAAACCACUAUUUUAUUUCUAAAAUGUAUAGUGAGUUAUAUUUUAUUCAAGGUUUUUUCUUCAUGGAUAAACUGGCCGCUCUUUUUCAGUUGCUUGAUUUGGUUAUUUUUUAUGAGUUUGAAUCCAAAAUGGAGAUCAAAGUUUAAGUAUGCUGUAGGGUUGAUACAGCAGAGAUCUACUACAAAAAAAAAUAAUUUGGAAACUGUAGGUCAGAAAAAUGAGAUUGGUAAUAUCAUUAUUGAUACUACUCCUCAAAUAAAAGAGAUUGAAAUAUUUGAAAUUUAUAGAAAGGGGCUUAUCCCAGGUGAAUGGAAGUUUUUUUUAUAUUCUAAUAAUGUUUUCGACUAUAAUGAUCAGUAUAGAAAAGCUCAAAAAUCACCACCCGGUGUUAAAACUUUAGACGAAUUGUAUCCACCGAAGACCUGGAAAUUUGAUAACAAUUCUACAUGGAAUAUUGAUAAGAAUGUUCAGGAGUGGGCAUAUUACAGGGGACUCCUAGAUUUGGAGAUUGACAAAGAAUUUUUAUGUGAUAAUAUGUUUAAAAGACGUAGGCUAACCAGAAAAGUGUUGAAGUAG